AUGGCCGAAACAUCUAAACCCAAGAGCAUUCAUAUUCCACUGGACAGCGGAGGUGAUCCACCGUCCCAGUGGCCGCGACAGAAGCCCGGGGUGGCUUGCGAGGAGUGUAGAAGGAGGAAGCUCAGGUGUGACCGACGUCGACCGCAAUGUGGGAACUGCCAGUCCGCAGGCAUAGCCUGUCAGGUUACUACACGCUCACCUCGAGGGCCCAAGCAGGGUUAUUUGAAGUCUCUACAAGCACGUAUCGUUCCAGCUUCAGAGGGCAAUCGGAUCCUAACUGAUGACUACAUUAUCUCUCCUGAUGCGGCGAUGUUUGAGGCGAGGAUGGAUCUCCCCAACAUAGCGGAGCCGCCAUUUCUGAAUGACAUCCUCCAUACAGAUCCCAGGUCGGCAACCGUAGCCGAUAUUGAUUUCUCUUGGAAUGCAGGCCUACCGUCAGCUUCACUAACAUCACCCCUCAUCUCCCCGACCGCCCAUUUCGAUACACACUUUGCUACUGAUCAGGCCAAUCCCCUGAAAAGGCGAGCCUCGAUCGACUCGGAAUUCAACACCGAGGAAGUCUUAGGACAGCCUCAAGUCUCAAGGCUGGUGCAAGCAGAUCUUUGCCGAGCAGUUGAGAAUCUGGCUUCUACAAAUGCCAGCCUCACACUUCGCAUAGAAUACAUCCAGUCCUGGCUUCUGUUGGCCAUAUAUGAGUUCAUGUUCCAGGAUUUCAGGCGCGGGUGGAUCAGUGCAGGAAGAGCUUUCCGCCUGAUUCAACUAGUUGGUUAUGAGAGCACGGAUGCUCCGAAUAAGAGCGCGCCUCAAUACCAGCCUGCUUGGGCGGAGCUGGAGGAGCGGCGCAGAACUCUCUGGCUGGCGUACUGCCUUGAUAGGCUCCUUGGCAUGCGAAGUGACACACCCUUAACCUUCAGCGAUCAGGUUCUGGUGCGCAUGCCGGCUCCAGAGGCCAAUUUUCGCAAUGAUCAGCCGGCUCGGAUGGAGUUUCUCCAUUCAGUCCUAGAAUCUGGGGUGGUGUGUGAUGCAAGCUCCUCGAUCCUUGCCAUCUUCGUUUGUGUUGCUAGCAUGUGCGGCCGUGUCACAUCCCAUCGACAUCUAGGGUUUUCAACAUCAGCUGAUGAGAAAGGCAUGGAGGAAUUUCGCCUUCGCCAUGAAACCCUUAGAGCCGAAUUGUCCCAAUCAAUGGAGAGCUUCUUGACCAACUCAUCUAUAUCGCACAACGACGACCCGAAUGCUGUAUUCAUCAGCAUUAUGUGGUAUACGGUCGAUCUCCAUCUUUGUCAGACAGCCAGCUACAUGGAUCUAACUUGUGGCACUGUUGGUACCAAUGAGAAUGUCCUGACAGCCAGGACUGGGUAUAUGUCACAACAAUCAGCGACGGCUGUUCGAGAGGUUAUCAAGUUACUUGACCAAAUGUCACAGCUUAACUACCUCAAGAUCCACCCUCUCAUCUUUCUGCCCCUAUCUCUCUGUGCCGAAAUGGCAGAAUCGGACCCAGAGCUGGCUAGUACGUUCAGGCUCGAGCUGCGAACCAUCAGUGAACGACUCGGCUGCGCGUCACGUAACGUUUCUGAGAUCGGAGGUCCGAAAUCCAUCUCUAUCUGA